AUGAACAGAAAGUCCACCUCAAAGAGUCAACCGUUCCACUACCGCCGCCUUCCAUCACCAUCACCACCACCACCACCAUUGCCACCACCACGAUCACCCUUCAAUACCACCGCCAACCAACUACCACCACCUUCCACUAUCACCCUUUACUACCUCCACCGCCACAAUCACACUCCGCUACCAUUGCCACCAACCACCACCACCACUACCAUCUACCAUGCACCACCAUUGCCACCGCCACCUUCCGCCACCUUCACCAUCACCCUCCACUACCACUGCCACGAAUCACCACCAUUGCCACCCUCUUCUACGGCCACCUUCUAA